CAAAGUGGGUGGGAGCGCGUGCUGCUGGGAGUUGUUUGGAGGUUGGCGGCGCGGGCCUGACGGUCCUCAGACUGAGCGAUCAUGUCGCAUAAACAGAUUUACUACUCGGACAAAUAUGACGACGAGGAGUUCGAGUACCGGCAUGUCAUGUUGCCCAAGGACAUCGCCAAGCUGGUCCCUAAAACCCAUCUGAUGUCUGAAUCGGAAUGGAGAAAUCUUGGUGUUCAGCAGAGUCAGGGAUGGGUCCAUUACAUGAUCCAUGAACCAGAACCUCACAUCUUGUUGUUCCGACGGCCACUGCCCAAGAAGCCGAAGAAAUGAAGCUGGCCGCCACUUCCAGCCUCGAGCUUUACACAGCUGUCCUUGCUUGCUAACAUCUUCCUGAUAACAUCAUUAUGUUGCCUUCUUAUUUCUCACUUUGAUAUUUAAAGGAUGUUCAGUACACUGUUUGAAUGUGCUGCUCGAGCAGAGCCAACAGCACCAUGGCCCAGCCAGAUGAGCGCUCUUCGGGCUGCAGCCUCAGCUGAGUGUCACCCCAGAAACCAUGCUGAUCUCUGUACCCAGCAGAACACUCUUGGUAGAUGGAGGAAGCAUCUGAGAAUAAGGCCAUGGCUGUUACAGGGAUUGUGUAAACUUGCUGUUUUGUUUCCUGCCAGGUGUUGUAUGUAUGGUGGUUUGUUUCAAUGUAUUGGAAACUUUUCAUUUUAUUCAAGAAAUCUGUUCCAUGUUAAAAAGCCUUGAUUAAAGAGGAAGUUUUUAUAAUCUAA